AUGGUUUCUAGUGAAGCUAGUCGAACAGUUGUUGGUAUUAUAGGGAACGUAAUUUCGCUAUUCUUGUUCUUGUCACCAGUGCCAACUUUCCUUCGUAUAUGGAAAAAAGGAGCGGUUGAACAGUACUCACCAGUGCCUUACCUUGCAACCCUAAUCAACUGCGGUCUAUGGGUGUUGUACGGACUGCCCAUGGUGCACCCACAUAGCACCCUGGUGGUGACCAUCAACGGGACAGGGUUUGCCAUUGAGCUGGUUUACGUGUUCAUCUUUAUCAUAUAUUCUGACAGAAAGAAGAGGCUGAGAGUGGUUCUAACAAUGCUUGCUGAGUUCGUCUUCCUCGCUGUUCUCGUCCUUCUGGUUCUAAACCUAGCACAUACUACUAAGCUUCGGUCUUUGAUCGUCGGAAGCAUAUGUAUAGUGGGUAACAUCCUAAUGUAUGCUUCACCCUUAUCUGUCAUGGUUAGUCGAUCUCCUCCAUUAUCAGAACUGCUGUAUGGUCUCAUGUACUUGUUUGUAAGAUUAAUUAUUGAUUGUUGUCAUGAAAUUUUGAAUGAUUAA